AUGGAGCGGGCCAGUGACCAUUUACACCUGAGGUGGACUGCGGAACAGCACGUACCAGAGGUAGAAGUCCAAGUCAAACAUAGGAUAGCCUCACUGAGCAACCAGGAGUGUCACCUGUACCCGAGGCGAUCUCAGCAGCAGCAGCAAGUCCCUGUGGUGGAUUUCCAUGCGGAACUGAGACAGGCAUUCUUAGCUGAGAUACCAAGAGGUGGUUAAAGCAGUAUUGGAACACCCAGGUAGCUGAUUUCAAGAGAAAACAAACAAACAAAAUAAAAACAGGCUCUACCUACUGUUUGAAGUUUCUGCCCCAGCUUGCAUUGUUUG